AUGAACAUCCAAGCAGAUGCCUUCAUUAACAUCGCACGUGUUCGGUCACUUAACAAUAUAACGAGACAAGGUAGACAUGUAGAAAGCAGCAGCCUUGUAGCGGGGAUCCACAUCCACACCUCUCAAGAGCAUCUCAUCCACACCUCUCAAGAGCAUCUCAUCCACACCUCUCAAGAGCAUCUCAUCCACACCGUCAAGAGCAUCUCAUCCACAUCUCUCAAGAGCAUCUCAUUCAUACCUUCAAGAGCAUCUCAUCCACACCUUCAAGAGCAUCUCAUCCACACCUCUCAAGAGCAUCUCAUCCACACCUCUCAAGAGCAUCUCAUCCACACCUCUCAAGAGCAUCUCAUCCACACCUCUCAAGAGCAUCUCAUCCACACCUCUCAAGAGCAUCUCAUCCACACCUUCAAGAGCAUCUCAUCCACACCUUCAAGAGCAUCUCAUCCACACCUUCAAGAGCAUCUCAUCCACACCUUCAAGAGCAUCUCAUCCACACCUCUCAAGAGCAUCUCAUCCACACCUCUCAAGAGCAUCUCAUCCACACCUCUCAAGAGCAUCUCAUCCACACCUUCAAGAGCAUCUCACCCACACCUCUCAAGAGCAUCUCAUCCACACCUCUCAAGAGCAUCUCAUCCACACCUCUCAAGAGCAUCUCAUCCACACCUCUCAAGAGCAUCUCAUCCACACCGUCAAGAGCAUCUCAUCCACACCGUCAAGAGCAUCUCAUCCACAUCUCUCAAGAGCAUCUCAUCCACACCUUCAAGAGCAUCUCAUCCACACCUUCAAGAGCAUCUCAUCCACACCUUCAAGAGCAUCUCAUCCACACCUCUCAAGAGCAUCUCAUCCACACCUUCAAGAGCAUCUCAUCCACACCUCUCAAGAGCAUCUCAUCCACACCUUCAAGAGCAUCUUAUCCACACCAGCAACCCGUCCUCGACUCAAGUGCUGUGUCAUAAGUGCUGUGUCAUAGGUGCUGUGUCAUAA